GAAGACGCGCAACUGUUUUGUUUUUCGGAGAUUCAUCAUGGCGAUGCAUACGAAGGCGACACCACCACAGAUUCCCGACACACGUCGGGAACUCUCGGAACUGGUCAAGAGGAAACAAGAACUUGCGGAGACAUUGGUGAACUUGGAAAGACAGAUCUAUGCAUUUGAAGGCAGCUACUUGGAAGACACCCAGAUGUAUGGGAAUAUCAUUAGAGGAUGGGACAGAUACCUCACUAACCAAAAAAAUUCCAACAGCAAGACAGACAGAAGAAACAGAAAGUUCAAAGAGGCAGAGCGUCUGUUCAGCAAGUCUUCAGUCACUUCUGUAGCAGCUGUCUGUGCACUUGGCGGGAUACCAGAUCACAUGAAUGAAAAGCGUGAGCCCGGCAGUGGGACAGAGAGCGACACAUCCCCAGACCUCCAGAACCAGGAGAACGAGCCCAGUCAGGAGGACACGGAGGACGCAGACGGGGCACUGCAGGACCUCAAACCCCAGAAGGCUGCCUCAUCCUCCUCCGGAAGCCACCACGGGAGCCACAAGAAAAGGAAGAACAAAAACAGACACAGAUUCGACAUGAAGGUGAACAAAAAACCCAGAGCGGACUAUUCAACUUGAGGAUGAAUGGAGGUGUUAAGCACUUCAGACUAGAACUGGCCACACAGGAGAAGUCUACAGUGAAACAGAGUCACUUCUCUGGGCUUUGUGAACUUUAUAUGCCUUAUGUUAACUGACUUGGUUUCUGCUAUGUGUAUAUUGCAUGAAAUGUUGCCCCUCCCACCUGCUCCUGGAAAUAUUUGUGUUUCAUGAUUUUCCUGCAGAAAAGUACAAGAUGUGUUAUUGCAUGUUACUCAAUACCCAGCUGGGGUUAUUGUAUAGUGUGGAACAUUCUAUAUUUAUCAUGUAACUUCACAUUACUGCUCUUGUGACAAAAAUAAUCAUAUUCUUUUUUUUGUCCUUGUGUAGUUUUGUAGCUCUAGAAUAUCACAGCUUCUUUUUUUCCCUUUUUUUUUUUUGAUUUGUUUAGCAUAAAAUUGGAAUAAAACAUUGAAAUUAUAAAUAUUACUGAAUAUAGUUGUUUAUGGUAAAAAUCUAAAUUUGUGAAUGUUUAGCCCACCAGAAGCAUUGAAAAUGACUUGCUGUUAAUCAAAAUUUCAUCUCUGUCUUUACUCUGCACUCUUCAGUAAUAAUAUAGCAGGGAAAUCAACAGGGAAGCUAGUUUAUGACCAACAUCUGUGUCUGACAGCAUCUACUGCCUGGUUUCAUUGUGGCUUCUUCAUGGCCCUGUUACCUGCCAAGGUGCUCAGAUGAGGCUCUCUCUAGUCCACCAGCUUAUUAUCAAAUAGCUCCCUAUUCCAUUUAUAAUGCACUACAUUUGACUGGUGAAGUUUCAGUGAGAUCAUGGAAAUUGUUUUAGUACUGUGUUCACCUUCAAACAGCUUUAUUCUGACACCCAAGUAUGAUUCAAAUGACUCUGUUUACACACAAAGAUAUGAAGUCAUUAUGGCAUUCCUAUGGUGGCAGUUUCAGAGAUUUGAGUUAGAUUUUUGAAUAGUGGCAGUUAGUGAGCCAGGGGGCAACAGGAUGACAACACAUGACCCAUGCCACGUUGGGGAGCAGUGAACUAUAUGUAGUUUAACUAGUAAUUGAACUACAUUUUACAGUAGUUUGGUGGUACUUGAACUAAAUUCAAAUCUUGGUCGUGUUUUCAGUAGUUAACUUUUUUGUUGUGUAGCUCUAACUACUAGAACUACACACUUUUGCAAAAGGAAAAUAAAAUAUGACUGAAGUAGGCAAUCAUUUAUUUUUCAUACCUGCCUAAUUCUCACUUGAAACAUUGUUUUUGCGUUUAAUAGGCUAAAUUACACAUUCUGUUAACAUUUGACCCUAUUGUGAUCUGUUCUUGGAAUUUGUAGUCUUGACAUUUUCAGAUUUAGAUAUACUUUUUCACAAAGUAGUUUGGAUGUAGUGAACUACAUUUUCAAAGCAACUUUAAGUAAAUAAAAUUUUUCUUACGGGUAGCUUAAUGUCUGCCAGUGAGAUGUAAAUGUUAGCUUGGAAAUCUAUAUUUUAAGAGUAGCUUCUCCAACACUGGUCCCAUGCUAUUUCUAGAAUGUUUCCUGUGUGCGACCAGUACUGAUCAGGUGUGUAGUAUUGAAAUAGUUUGGUGAAUACAGACAAAGCUGUCAUUUUGAUCAUCCAGAUAACAUUAAAGUGUUACGUCUAUUUAAA